AUGGUUCAGCCAAUCUUUGCUGUCUUGGCUCUAGCCACUGGGGCAUCGGCUGCUUUCACAGGUAACCUCAACUACCUGUCGCCGUCGAAGCACCAUGCGUCACUUGGUGUCUCCAUCAAUAAGGUCGCUAAGCGCACCUACGCCAACUCCCACUGGGAUCCAGCCAAGCUGAACUUCACGCAUGGCGUGGCUUCCGGUGAUCCGUACGAGGACAGCGUCAUCCUGUGGACGCGAGCUGCUCCGACAGCUGACAAUGACAAGAGCAACUUGACUGUCAGCGGCUACGUUCCCCUGUAUGACCACAGCACGGAAGACUAUGUGAAGAAGAGUGACUCUCCGGUCUGCGUUGAUUGGAAAAUCGGCACAAGCAAGACUUUUGAAGCUGUUGUUGACUCGGGUACUGCUUACACGAGCUCUGAUGUGGAUUAUACUGUAAAGGUUGAGGCCAAGCGAUUGGCGCCUUUCACGGUCUAUUACUAUCAGUUUGGUAUUUGCAACUCAAACAAGACGUCCCUGAUUGGCCGGACAAAGACGAUUCCUUCAAAGAACUCCCGAGUUGAAACACCGAUCAAGCUUGCCGUCUACUCUUGCAGCAACUACCCUUUCGGUUUCUUCAACGCUUACGGCAACCCAGUCCGAAAAGACUCGGUUGACUACGUGAUCCAUCUUGGAGACUACAUCUACGAGUACGGCAAUGGCGAGUAUGGCUGGGGCAACUCGAUCGGAAGAAUUCCUCUUCCCGAUCGCCAGAUCUUCACUUUGUAUGACUACCGCAAGCGCAUUGCAACCUACAGAACCGACCUGGACUUGGUGGCCAGCCACCAGAGCUUUCCCUGGAUCCCGGUUUGGGACGACCACGAGGUUUCGGACAACACGUGGCGAGAUGGUGCCUCAGAGCUUAACAACACUGAGGAUUCUUUCAUUGCUGAUGGCGGUGUCUCGGUUGAUCAGCGCAAGAUGAAUGCUGUUCGCGCAUACUUUGAGUGGAUGCCUAUUCGCCAGGUCGAUAUGGAUGAUAACCUCCGCAUCUGGAGAGAGUUCAACUUCGGCAACUUGUUCGACCUCGUGAUGCUGGAUACUCGCCAGUACGAUCGCGCUAUCACGGAUGUCUACACCAACACCGACUACAUCCACGCCAUUUCCAACGACGCAAGCCGCUCCCUCAUGGGACCCCGCCAAGAAGCCUGGUUCUACAAAACCCUUCGCCAAAGCUCGACCCGCGGUGCGACCUGGCGUGUCAUUGGCAACCAAAUCAUCUUCAGCCGCAUGAACGAGAGCCUGGCCCUCGGCGCCGAGAACCCGAUGAACUACGACCAGUGGGACGGUUAUCAAGCGAACCGCAAUCGCACCUUCCAGGUCCUGUACGAGCAGAACGUCGGCAACAACAUCUUCCUCGCGGGCGACUCGCACGCUUCGUGGGUAUCGGAUCUUGUCUGGCUUGGUGAGCACGAGUACGAUCCGAACACGGGCUCCGGUUCCGUCGGCGUCGAAUUUGCGGGUUCGGCUGUGAGCUCGCCGUGCCCUGCUGGGCAGAACAUUUCGCUGGCGGCGGCGAAUGCGGGAUCAGCAUGGCUUACUGCUGCGAAUCGUGAGUUGCAGUGGCAAGACCUGUUCUACAGGGGAUACUAUGAGCUCAGCAUUGACUACGAUGCUGUGAAUGCUUCAUUCUUUGGUAUUCCUACGACCAGGAUCAAGCAGGGAUACGAGAUUUCCCUCGCCAACUUUACAGUGCUGGCUGGCGAGAACAAGCUGCAUCGUUUGAACGGUACCGCGGCUGUUGGAGGUGUUGCUGAGAGUGGUAGCUUGAAGAACGGUCGUGUUGUGCAGACGAACCUGACGCAUGACACUGGCAGCGGCGCGUACCUCAAGUACGACUCGCCUUGA